GGCAGACUGGGGUCCUACUCUGCCAUUAAAAACAACAGGCGCUGGCAACAGAAAUAAAAGCACAGAAGGUCAGAAUGGUCCAGAGUAUUCUUAACAAAAUCAUUGGGAAUAAAUAUAUUUCCAUCGUGAGGACGUGGGUCCCAAACAUGGUGGCCUGGGGAACAGUGGGCGGCGUGGCCCUUGUCCACUUCACAGACUGGCGGUUAAUCUUGGACUAUGUGCCAUACGUUAAUGGGAAGUUUAAAAGGGAUGAGUGAUGAAUUAUAAUUUCAAGUGGACCACAUCUGAAGAUGGGAACAUGACUGUUUUGUCAGUGCAAGCUCAGUGUCAAAUCCAUAGAUCUACCAUUGGUCUCCCCAGACUCUUUGUAACACAAACUGUAAUCUGUUGUAUUUAUGUGAAUCUAAAAUUAUUUAAAGUAUAUGUCAGUAAGGCCCAUGUUCAACA